GGGAACGCCUCCACGUUUCCCGUUGAAAACAGAGGUCCCUUUUGUCAUAAAGGAUGGUGGAGGGGGAAAUAAACUACAUGUCCCAGCAUUCCAUUGCGAAGCCUCCUGCCCGGGAUCAAAGAUCAGCGCGGCUUAGAAAGGAACUAAGGGCAGAGCCCGGUGGCUGUGUGGUUGCAACGCUUGUUUCCAGUGGAAGGACUGGUGGGGAGACAGUGGAUCGACUCAGGGCGUUUCAAUCUCUAUACAAAACGACAACGGCAGAAAACAGACGGCGCAGAAUAGGAAUGGGCGUCUGAAACGCCUCCUUGAACUUGUUGCAAAGAAAACGGGAGUUUCUCUUUCGCUUUUAUUUCCUGAUCAGCCAGAGAACCAUUGUUUAGAAGGAGCUGGAUCUAUCUAUAUAGAUAGAUAUUCCAAGACCACAGGGGGAUGGUAUGGAACUGUUUUCAACCUGCCCAGCCAGUCAGGAUUGACAAAAUCCCUGGAGUGAAACCAAAUAAAUUUUAAAAAAAUCAAAACUCAGGAGAAGAUGGCGGAAGAGUUCACACCCACUGCUCAAGAAGGUUACCCUGAAGACCAGGAGCUGAUGUCACAGAAGGUGAUGACUUUCCAGGCCUCAGAUAGUGACACAAAUAAUGCCCCCCCAAAUAAAACUCAAGAAACUAGUCCAGCAGACACAGCUAAAGAUAUAGAGACGUUGGGUCCUCUCUACCAUGAAUCAAAUAGUUUGACUGAGAAUUACUCUAGUGUAGAUGAAGAAGAUUCUGCGAGGGAAAAGCUCUUCAGUUCUGAAACAGUUUUGGUAGAGAGAGAAGCUGGUGACCAGCUACAAUGCAACAUGGAACCUCAGACUCAUCCAGAGAACUUAUCUGAUACUUCUGUAGACGAAGAUACAGUAGAUUCUUUAGAUGAUAACAAUGAAAGAACUGGAGAUUCAACCCAGGCUGUUCUGCAGAACUCUCUGGCAGAAGAAACGAAUAUCUUACAUAAAACUAUCCUUGAAAAAGAAGCAGAUCAGCACAGCCAGAAUACCUCUGAGCAUCCUGAUUCUGAAGAAACGCAAGAGGACAUGUUGGAAGAAGAAAUGGAGAAAUUAAUUCAAAGUUUGGAAGGCACAGAGAACAAGAGAUUCUUAUCUGAAGGGCACCCUGUGUGCAGAACAGAGACUGAACUCUCUCCAGAAGAUACCAGCCAGUGCCUUUCACAAGAAGUAAGGAAGCAGAGCCGAGUGCAAGAAUGCAUGAAGAAUUAUCAUCGGUCUUUUCUAAGCAACGUAGGCAUUUUACUGGGAGCUGGUUUGGCUUUGGUUGCGGUUUUCAUAGCCUGCAGCGGAUACUACACUUCCGAGCCCAAAAACAUGCCAAAAAACCCAGCUGUGGAGGCCUUCUUGCAAAGAUUUGAUCCCCUAAAGGACAGCUUCCCAGGUCAAAACCCUCACCUGUGGGGACGGGUGCGGAAAGUCCUUCAGAAGCACCUCAAUACUUCCUACCACACCGAACCAGCCAUCUUAAUCCUCACUGCUGCCCAAGAAGGCAAAUCGACCUUGAAGUGCCUGAGUGUCCAGAUUGCCGACGCUUAUUCCUCAUCUCUCCAGGGAAGCACAGUGCAAGUAGAUGGCGCUUCUAAGUCCACUCUGAGCAGCGAUGAGGCCAAGCUGGCUGUUGAUACGGAACUGAGCAAUGGUUUUCAUGGAGAUGCGAAAGCAGCAGUGGUCCAUCGGUUUGAAUCCCUGCCCGCUGGCUCCACCUUGAUUUUUUACAAGUACUGUGACCACGAGAGUGCGGCUUUCAAAGACGUGUUGCUGAUUUUAACUGUUCUUCUGGAGAUCGACAAAUUAGAAGCUAAAGGCAGCCUGCAGGAUGUCGAAGAGAAAGUGCGGGACUUCCUCUGGGCCAAGUUCACCAACGCGGACACUCCCAGCUCCUACAAUCACAUGGACACAGAUAAAUUGAGUGGGCUGUGGAGUCGCAUAUCCCACCUCGUCUUGCCAGUCUUUCCCGUACAAAUGGUAGAUGAUGCUGGCUGCUCUUUGCAAACCAGACCACAAGGUGAAUGAGGUGGGGCUUUAAGAGAAAGCCUAAAAGCUCUCAGGUAUUUCCACCAACCAGGAAGCCUUUUUAAAAAGAGGCUAUAAGCCAGUCAUCAGCACUAAUGUGGUGAGCUUAUAUUAGAUCCGUUAUGCAUAAACGAGGUGUCUGUUUUGGAUCCUUCUUAGCAUUAGAGAAGAAACCGUAACCGGAUUUAUUUUGUAACUGCUUAGGCAUGUGUGUCACAAUCAGAGGACCUUUAAAAUUUACAUAGAGAAAAGCAGGCAAUAUUUUUGCACAAUGUAUAUCUGGAAUGUUUUUGCUGCUGAAGGAAAAUGGAAAGAGUAUGAAGACAGAAAACACUCUUGGCAGAAUUUGCCCUCCUUAAAUGUCAGUUUCCAAGGGGCACUGUCUCCUAGUUUACAUUCACUCCAGCCUUACGGAUGCCUUGUCCGUCAAAAAGUAAGAACUUGCACAGCUGUGGCAAGCCGUGGCACUUUAGAGGCUGUCUGCACUGUAGAACAAAGCAUGGUACAGGGUGUUUAAAGCAUGUUUAACAUAGUACAGAAGAAACCUUCGUGGCAGCUCCAUUGUUUCUAGCUGCUCUGUUGCCAACUAAGGGAGCUGGUGUAGACUAAGCACAAGGUAUGCAGGGCGUGUGGAAAUGGGAAGCACCAAGUUACCUCCUAAGGUUCAUGCAUAUGGACUCCUAGCAAGUUGCAGGACCCUCUUUUUCCUCGCUGUGAAGCAGGAAAUGGAUUUAUGCUGCGCUUGCUGAGUGAGCCAAGCGAAUUGUGGAAGGAUGAUAGUUUGGAAGAUGAUCCCACCUGCACAAAUAAGACAUGCAGUGAUGACAACAAGGGCGCCGGCCCUCAAUGGGUGCACAUCAGGUGUGGCUCAUCAGGGAGGUUCCACAGUCUCCAGAUACACCAAAUACCAACAUGCUCCAGGCAAAGCUUGAGCACGUGAGACUGGGUAGAAUCUUAAUGGAAGAGUAUGUUGUUAAAUGAGAAGCAAAGCCCGUCUGAAUGUGGCAGGCAAAUGCAGAAAGCUGGAAAGGGGAGAUGGUUAGGGCUGAGUACAAACAAUUGUGCUCGGUAAACUUUUGAGUUUUUAAAACCUAGAAAAUUUUAGUUAAGCCAAGUAAAGUCGAUACCCGUUAGCUUUACUCAGCUUUUACCAUUUUGGGUUUUUUUUUUUUAAACUUGAAAAUUUUCAGUUCUCUCCACUGCUGGUUCUCAAGUCCAUAUGUGGGAAGUGGGGAGAAUUUCUCCCCACUGGGAGGGGUGUGGGGUUUGCUUGCAGAGAGUGGAAAGCUCUGCUCUCUUCAAGGAGCCUCCCCCCCCCCCCCGCCCCCAAAUCCCAACUCUGUGAUUGAGGGGGUGUUGCUUGCAAAAGCAGAGAGCUUUAUUAUCUGCAAGCAAAAGCCAAAAAGGCCAAAAUUAUUAGGCUUUUUCAGAACUAGGCUAGUUUGGGGCUGCCAAAUGGACUGGGGUUUUUUUUCAGUAAAACGAAAGCCUGUAAACUUGAUAAGGGUACAGAGGGAUUGUAAAUAUAACGGAACUGUGUUAUUGUCUAAAGGUAAUCUCUCAGGACAAAUCUGCCCCAAUUUAGGCAGUGACAGACUUCCUGUAAAAAGAGAUGCUUUUCAGGGAAAAAAGCGCUGGAAAAUCAUGGCAUUUCCAGGAGCCAAGGAAAGAGGCCACACACAAGUGAGGUUGUAUUCACAGAUCCAGAACACAAACACAAUAAAUCGCUGGAAGAACAAUGUCCUUUAACAAUGAUUAUUUUGAGGGCUUGCAUGACAGAAUCUGCAGCAUGCUAGCAUAUAGUGUAGUUUGGACUCAACAAUUUGCACCCAUUACUUGGCAUUUCAAGAAUUCCAGAGCAUUUCCCAUGGAACCCCUGCUUAUUGCUGUCCCCUCACAUGGGGCCUAGCCAUGCCUCUGAGUCCUUGCUGUUGCCUCACAGAAAUGGACAAUGCAGCUCCAGACAAUGUGGUGUGGUGGCUAAGAGUGUCAGACUAAGAUCUGGGAGAACCAGGGUUGAAUCUCAACUUUGCCAUUGAAGCUCAUUGGGUGAUCUUGGGCGAGUGACUCUCACCCUAACCUACUUUACAGGCUUGUUGUGAGGAUAAAAUUGGGGGGGGGGGGGGGCGACGACGACGUAAGUAAAUUUGGAUCCCCUUUGGGGAGAAAGGGUGUAUAAAUGAAAUAAAUAAAUAAAACAUACCCAAUCCUCCCCAGGAACUACAUGUGGGCAAAAUGUCUUUGAAGGAAAGCCGAACACCAUUAAUAAUCUGGUCACAGCAGCACACGUGGAAAGCUUCCAAAGAAUCCUAGGGUUCUCUGUGGAAAGCCACUGUUUUGAGCAAAAGAGAGGAAGAAGACUAGGAAGAUUUUUCCCUGUGGGGACAAUGAGAAUCUCCCACAGUAAAUGGAAGCAUUCAGAUGACAUGUCCAAUUAAGGCAUGAUUCAAGUGGCUCAAUCUCCACCCUCCCCCAGACCUCAUUUUCUCCAGUUCAAAGGGGAAACUGUAUGGGGGCAACUAUGGGGGGGUGGCCAUGUUCAUCUGGAUGCACUGUCCGGUCUACUGUAGAGAGGGAGGGAAAGAUCAGGUCUGUUUUCAGCAUGUUGUGGAGAAGCUCACUGCCACACACCAUUUCUUUCUCUUGCCUUUUGAGUUCUUUAAAAGGCUUUUAUUUUCCAUAUUCAGCUAGGCUGUAGCAUUGCUGUAUGGCUCAGCAGGAGAAAGGAGAGGGGCAUUGUGGGUCCCAGGCACAGCCACUGAAAUGCCAUUGCUUCUGUGCAUGUGUACCAAGGGGGGAAAGUGGAGGGUGGGGAGGAGCUGGCAGAACAUCCUGCAAGGAGGAAGCAUGUAGACACUCAGCCUCUUCCUCCCCACUUGCAGCUGUUGCCAUGGUGAGUGGGUGUUUUCACCUCCCCAAGGAGAUGCAGGGCAGGUAGAAGCAGAAUUGACAGCCUGUGAUUAAAACAAAUGAGGGUCAAAAAAAUGUAUAUGUAAAGACAUAGGAACUGAGUUUUACAGUCUCUCAAUUUCAAGUAUGGCUAUGAGAAAACUUUUAAAAGUUAUUAAGAAGCCUGUUCAAAAAGAAACAGAAGUUAAAAAAGCAUAUUCAGAUAAAUGAAGUUGUACGAUAUCUCAGAAAGAACAGAAGGGUUCACUUAGUACUACCAAAAGAAAGUAUCACAGUCAAACCAUUAAAUAUAUAAAGGAUUUUGUAAGAGCUCUCCAAAGAAUAUACAGGACUAUUUGAGGCUCCUUAGCAAGUGAAGGAUGGCUGAAGUUAACUUAUUCUGUGCCAAAUGAAUAUGUCUUCUGACUACUGCUGUUAGUAAAUGUAAGAGGAAGUGUACAAUACUGAGAUGUUGGGAAGAGUUUAAGCUAACUCAACCUGGUAAAAACAGAUUUUUAUUAUUCCAUUACACUGUUCAACCAAAUAACUUUUCCCUGUUCAGAACUUUACCCUAGUCACAGACACCAGGAAAAAGAUAUUUGUUAAUUUGAGGUGCUACGGUAACUGUUUACCUUGAGAGUGUUGUUGUAGUGCCUACGAAUAAACCCCAACAGAAGGCUGUAUGUUUAACAAUGCCCACUGUAUACUACCACAUUUGCUCCAAGCACACACAUAAACAAUUACGUCUUACAGUGUAUGUUUGUACCCCCAUAUGCAUGUUUGGUAACUAAUGAGGUAUGUUAUUUAUAAAAUGAUAAGAGCAACAGUUCUAUGGAAAACAAAUUCCAACAAUUUUAGCCGAGCCAUUAGCGAAAUUUAGCUGGUGUAAUUUUGUACUCCAAUGCUUUAGCAUGGUCUGGCGGGCGGUUACUCCAGUGGAAGAUUCAGGCUUUUUCUGUGAUAAAGUGAUAAACUGCAAUUAAUUUACCUCAACCUGGUAAAAACAGUUUUUUAUUAUUCCACUUCACUGUUCAACCAAAUAAUUUUUCCCUGUUCAGAGGUUUAACCUGGUUUAACCCUAGUCACAGACACCAGGAAAAAGAUAUUUGUUAAUUUUGGGUGGUAACUGGUUAUGUUUGGGAAUAUUAUAGAUUGUCCACGUCAAGGUUCUAAAUCGAAAUUCAAAAACAUAUUUGAGUUUUUGCAAGGAAAAUGCCCCAAGGAGUGGAGUUACCCCUGAUGUCCAAGUCAUUAUCAGUACAACACUGAUGGUUAAAACAGAUCAACAUUCUGGAAGGCAGGUUAAUACAAUGCUGGAAGGCAGGUUAAUAUUAUACUCAGUAAAAAUGUCUUCCAGUUAUCUUUACAAUUUAUAGAUAAUAUAAAUUUGAUUAGAUACUCUGGCUUUAUCACAAUUUUUAGAAGCACUGUUUGUAUUAAAAUUGUUCAUUUUGAAAUAUUUUUUAAACCUGAACCUUAAAAAAAAACUUAAACCCAAAGGAGGCUGCUUUGCUUUGCAGAAACAGAUACCAACAUUAUUACUGAAUUUGCCACUGCUGGGCUCAUGUGCCUUGAACACAUUUCUGUGCCUCAGUUUCCCCGUUUGCAAACUGGGUCUGGAUUAUCAUGCUACAACUCAGUAGCCAGUAAUUUGUCUGCCAGUAAUUUCUGAGAACAUAUUUCUGUAGCACUCGCAAAUUGCAAACAUUACGAUUUUUAAAAAUCUUGUUUCAUAAUUUCAAAAUAAAGUGUGCGGUCUUUGGUU